AUGAAAGUUAUACCAUUCCUUCCACAAAGAAAAACACAAUCAUUUGCACAAAAAUCCUCAGGCGCAUCAUCACCUCAAAGUCAUUUAACUUGCCAACUUCCAUCAUUAAAUGAAUUACUCCUUGGCAGAAGCCAUUGUAGAAAUGAGCAAGCACUACAUCCAUGUAAUACAAUCCUUUGUGAUUUAUCACUAGCUGAACAAGAUGUUAAAUUUGCUUUGGUGACAAUACCUUCUUCCACUAUAUAUAAAAUAUUAAAGACAAACAACAUGAUAGAUGCUCAAGCAAGAGAACAAGCAAGAAGGAUGGGUUAUGUAUGGAUGAUAAUUGCAUAUCGUGAAUAUACAAAAAGUGGUUAUGAAAGAAAUUCGAAAAAAUUUAAUAAAAAUGCAUUGGACUUGGAUUUAAGUGAUAAAGUUGUAAUAGUUACAGGUGCAAACAGUGGCCUAGGAAAAGAUAUUGCUGCCGAGUUGUUUAAACGAGGUGCAUUAGUUCAUAUGUUGUGUAGAAAUGAAAAGACAGGCGAAGAAGCUAGAAAAGACAUAUUAGGUCAAAUUAAUGGUGAUUCUAGUAGCAGUGGUGAUAACGUUAACGAUGAGACAAAUCAAAAAUCAAAAGUUGUUUUUGAUAAGAAUCGAUUGAGAUUGCAUAAAGUUGAUAUUUCCGAUUUGAAAAGAGUUAAAGAAUUCGUGAAGGAAUUUGAAAGUGAUGGGGAUGGAAAAUGUCAUAUUUUGAUAAACAAUGCAGGUGUAAUGGUGAAUGAACGGUCAACCACACCAUAUGAAGUUGAAACAAAUUUUUCAAUAAACACUUUGGGAACUUAUUAUUUAACUAAAAACUUAGUUCCUUUAUUACAAAAAUCUGGUCCUGGGUCAAGGGUUGUCACAGUUUCUUCAGGUGGAAUGCUUGCAAAUAAACUUGAUGUUACCGAUUUAGAAUGUAAAAAAAUGAAACAAUUUGAUGGAACUAUGGCAUAUGCACAAAAUAAGAGACAACAAGUAGAACUAACUAAUUAUUGGUCACAACAAUAUCCAGAAUCUACCACAGGAAUAAAAUUUUUGUCAAUGCAUCCAGGAUGGGUUGAUACUCCUGGUGUCAGGACAUCAUUGGAAACCUUUUAUAAGAAUCUUAAAAAUCAAUUAAGAACUGUCGAUCAAGGAAUUGAUACAGUCCUAUGGGCAGCAUUUAGUAAGGAAGCAUCAGAUAUUCCUAGUGGAUCAUUCUUGUUUGAUAGACAGGUGGCUUCACAACACUUACCAUUGGCCCCAACCAAAUCUACUCAACAAGAAGUUGAAGCUUUAGUAGAACAAAUUGAUAAUUAUAUAGAUAUAGCCUUGAAUUUUGAACAAAGAAGUUCCAGCUAA